UUAAGUGAAAUAAAACCUUUCUGCUCCUUGGUCUGCCUCUCCUUCCUUCCACAGAAACAGGAGCACAGGCACCCAAGAGAAAGAGAUACGAUACCACCAAGUACACCCGCAAAAAGUUGCAAUCCUUUACUUAUGGCUUCUCAUCUCUCUUGUACAAUACCAAACCUAAUCCCUCUCCCUCCCUCCCCUUUUACUGACCGAACCAAAACCUCUAACUCUCUCCUCCUUCACCCAACUCACCUUCCCAAACCACUAAUUCCUCGCGGUUCGCUCUGUGUCGCCCGGUUCGGUCUCAAACCGGGUUUCUUUCCUGACCCGGAUAAAGCGGAGGCUGUAAUCAAGGACUUGUUUGGUCGAGCAGAGAGUAUUGUUUACACAAUUGCCGAUGCUGCUGUCUCCAACUCGGACCAGGUUGUUGAUAGUAGUACCACACAGAACAGUGAUUGGCUUUCUGGUAUUACUUACGGCCUCGAGAGUACUUUAAAGGUUUUGAAAGAUGGGUUAUCUGCUGUGCAUUUACCUUAUGCUUAUGGUUUUGCUAUCAUACUCUUGACUGUUCUUGUUAAGGCUGCUACAUUUCCUUUGAGCAAGAAACAGGUGGAAUCUGCUAUGGCCAUGCGAUCUUUGCAACCCCAAAUUAAGGCCAUUCAACAACGCUACGCCGGUGAUCAGGAGAGGAUUCAACUUGAGACUGCUCGGUUGUAUAAGCUAGCUGGGAUAAACCCGCUUGCAGGAUGUCUCCCUACACUUGCUACAAUUCCAGUAUGGAUUGGACUCUACAGAGCCCUUUCAAAUGUAGCAAACGAGGGGCUCCUCACAGAAGGCUUCUUUUGGAUACCCUCUCUAGCUGGUCCAACUGCAAUUGCUUCUCGUCAAAAUGGCAGUGGAAUCUCUUGGCUUUUCCCUUUUGUAGAUGGACAUCCACCCCUUGGAUGGUCAGAUACCGUGGCAUAUCUUGUUUUGCCUGUCAUGCUGGUUGUCUCACAAUACAUCUCUGUCCAAAUCAUGCAAUCAUCACAGUUUCAGAGCGAUGAUCCAAACGUGAAGAAUUCUCAAGCAAUAACAAAGUUCCUUCCAUUAAUGAUUGGUUACUUUUCUCUUUCUGUUCCUUCUGGACUAAGCCUUUAUUGGCUCACAAAUAACAUAUUAAGCACAGCACAACAGGUGUGGCUUCAAAAGUCAGGGGGUGCAAAAAAUCCUAUGAUGAAGUCCAGUGAUGAUAUUGUCAAAGAAGACCAGCUGCAGAUUCAGAAACCCGUCUCUGAAUUAAAUUCUGUACAAACUAAGACCAGGCAAGAAGAAAAGUUUACACCUGAAGGGUUGCGUCCUGGUGAAAGAUUCAAACAAUUAAAGGAACAAGAGGCAAGGAAAAGGCAACAAAGAGAAGAAGAGAAGAGGAAAGCCGAAGAGGCUGCAGGUAGAGGAAGUCAAAUGGAAAACGAUGAACUUGAGAAUGAAAGCAGUUCAUUUGAGAGAGGAAAUGGGACCAGCUCAGUUGGUGCUGUUGUAAUUGAUGACAUGUCUGCAGUGGCCUUUCAUGAUUCCUCUGCUCUUAAGGUUGUGAAUGGUGAUUUAUCUGGUCAGGACCAGAAGCAAGAUGAGGAAACAAAUUAUGUUGUGGAAACAAGUGAAGUUUCUGCUCCUACCGAGGUUUGUGCAAGGGAUGAACAACCUGACAAUAAACAAAAGGAAGCAGUUGAAGUAAAUGGUAGUGUGGCCACCACGGACGAUAAAAUCACCGAAGACGCCCAUCAAGCCAAAAGGGCGUGAUCAAAGAGAGGUUCAGUCAUGAUGGCAUUAUCUCAAAUUACGGAGAUUGACAGGCAUAUUUCUUUACCUGUUAUGAUGAAUACAGAGAACAGCUUGAUACUGUUUCGCUGGAAAAAACCACAUCAACCGAUAGCCUUCACAGUUCACAUGCAUGUCGGGGAUACAAAUCUAUUCCGUACUUGGGAAGGUUUCCUGAGGCAUAUUGGUUGCGCGAUGUUGGUAUUGCGGUUGAACAGCUAACAUCAGCAAGAUUCUUGGGCGGGAUGAGUAGCUGUUUCAGUUGUAAGUUAAAAGAGCUCAGUAUCAAUGAUCUGUCUUUUCAGAAUUUGAAAUCUCAUACUCUUUAUAUAGGCAACAAAAUAGAAUUUUUAUGAAAAAGAAAAGAAACAACGAAUCACAUUGCGUGAGUUCCUUUUGCAUCCUUUUUCUGUAGACUGGUGCAGAUGCUGUGAAUUAGCAGAGUUUUUUUCCCUUCAA